AUGGCCACCAAGGUGGAGGUGCGGGCCAGCGGCCAGCCCGGGGCGGCCCUGGCGGGCGUGCGGGAGCACCUGCUGGCCAGCACCAGGGACUACGCCACCAACCCGAGGCUGACCUACUGGACCGUCUGCGGGGUGAACGGGCCGCUGGUAGUCCUGGACAACGUGAAGUUUGCCCAGUAUGCGGAGAUUGUCAACUUCACCCUCCCGAACGGCACGCAGCGCAGUGGGCAGGUCCUGGAAGUGGCAGGGUCGAAGGCGAUCGUCCAGGUGUUUGAAGGAACAUCUGGGAUUGAUGCAAGUAAGACAUCCUGCGAGUUCACAGGGGACAUUCUCCGCACACCUGUUUCCGAGGAUAUGCUAGGCCGGGUCUUCAAUGGCUCUGGGAAGCCGAUCGACAAAGGGCCGAUGGUGAUGGCGGAGGACUUCCUGGACAUUAACGGCCAGCCCAUCAACCCGCACGGGCGCAUCUACCCGGAGGAGAUGAUCCAGACGGGGAUUUCCCCCAUUGACGUCAUGAACAGCAUUGCCAGGGGGCAGAAGAUCCCCAUCUUCUCCGCAGCGGGCCUCCCCCACAACGAGAUUGCGGCUCAGAUCUGCAGGCAGGCCGGGCUGGUGAAGAAGUCCAAGGGCGCCCUGGAUUUCCACGAGGAUAACUUCGCCAUCGUCUUCGCUGCCAUGGGGGUGAAUAUGGAAACUGCCCGUUUCUUUAAGUCAGACUUCGAGGAGAACGGCUCAAUGGAGAACGUCUGCCUCUUUCUGAACCUGGCCAACGACCCCACGAUCGAGCGCAUCAUCACCCCCCGCCUGGCCCUGACCACGGCCGAGUUCCUGGCCUACCAGUGUGAGAAGCAUGUGCUCGUCAUCCUGACGGACAUGAGCUCUUACGCCGAGGCGCUGCGCGAGGUCUCGGCGGCCAGGGAGGAGGUGCCCGGACGGAGGGGCUUCCCGGGGUACAUGUACACUGACCUGGCCACCAUCUACGAGCGCGCCGGACGCGUGGAGGGCCGGAACGGGUCCAUCACCCAGAUCCCCAUCCUGACCAUGCCCAACGACGAUAUCACUCACCCCAUUCCCGACCUGACGGGCUUCAUCACCGAAGGGCAAAUCUAUGUGGACAGGCAGCUCCACAACCGUCAGAUCUACCCCCCCAUCAACGUCCUCCCGUCCCUCUCCCGUCUCAUGAAGUCCGCUAUUGGAGAGGGCAUGACCCGGAAGGACCACGGAGAUGUUUCCAACCAGCUGUACGCCUGCUACGCCAUCGGCAAGGACGUCCAGGCCAUGAAGGCGGUGGUCGGGGAGGAAGCCCUGUCGGCGGACGACCUCCUGUACCUGGAGUUCCUGCAGAAGUUUGAGAAGCAGUUCAUUGCACAAGGGGCGUAUGAGAAUAGGACCGUCUUUGAGUCUCUGGACAUCGGCUGGCAGCUGCUCCGGAUCUUCCCCAAAGAGCUGCUGAAGCGGAUCCCAGAGAACAUCCUGGCAGAGUACUACCCGCGGGAGGCCAAGGAAGCCCAGGGCUCGGACACCGCCUUCUGAGUGCCCGACUGCCCAGAGCCUGGGCCGUCUGCACAUGAGGGACCCCUGGCUGUGGGACCCCCAGGACAGAUCGCAGCCCGCCGUGACCGGCAUUCUCUUCAGCGGU